AUGCAAUCAGUCGUGUUUGCCGCGAGCUUCCUGUGGCUUUGUAGCUUUGUUCUAUCGAGAAACAUCUUCAACAAGCCCCCCUCUGGUGGCCUUUCAGGUGAUUACAGCGAAAAUCCCACAUACCAGGAGGGCCAGCAGGUUGAAUUCUUGUGGGAGUCGGAUGUUACAUACGUCGACAUUGGCAUCUUUCAGGAAUACCCCGCUCCGCCAGACAAAUACUACAGCGCCUAUGUGAUUCGAAACACUUCCAGUAGGAGCCACCGAUGGAACAUGGCUAAGACUUUGAGAGGCGAGCCGCCUCCUGAGGGCGAGAACUCCAUCUUCUGGCUCGUAAUGUAUGACGCCUCGAAAGAAAAGCAAAUUACGGACUCUCACUAUUUCAACGUGUCUCGAAUUCUAACAACGACGACGACGACGACGACAACGACAUCCGGGUCGAGCUCAUCGACAAGUGCUGCUCCCACGACUGUAACCACCGCUGCAAAUUCGCAAGUAUCCGGUCCUGGGCUUUCGGCUGGAGCCAUCGCCGGGAUAGCGGUCGGAGCAACACUUUCUGGAGUCCUUGUGGCUGCUGCAAUUGCUUUCUUUUUCUGGAGACACAUACAAACGGCCAACAGGGGCGCCAACGCUCAUCCGUCUGCGUCUGGUGCAGGUGAAAAGCCCAUCAUGGACGACCAACAUCAGCAGAAGUCGGUGCCACCUCAAUACAAUCAGGUUAACCAGCAUCCUCCCAUGACGGGCAACGAGUUAACCGCAGACCAUCUGCAUGAGGCCCCUUAA